GAAAGAAUCACUGGCCCGAGUCCCCGGGGCUGGUUGGGCAAUGCAAUGCGCCGGAUUUUUGUUCCUUCGUCGUCAGCUGGCCACCGAUCAAGCCCGAUUGACUGGGAUUGUGGACUAUUUGCUCCGUGUGAAAGCGAGCUGUCAGGUAAGAUCCAUCAUUUCCCUCACUUUCUGUGUAUCAUUCUUUUGUUGUUUUGUUGAUGUGUACUUUUAUUUUUUGAUGUUCUCUGCACCCAACCACGCUAACGCAGGCAGCUUGUCGCCGUAA